AUUCAAAUCAAAGUUAGAGAAAAGACAUAAUCAACUCUUGAAAUAGAGCAAAUUGUUUGACAUCAAAGGUCCCUAAAAAUUCAUUACUUGCCGCAGUAAACAUCAUUAACUUGUUUUUUAAAAAGUAAUUUUAUAAGGGCCAAUAUUUUAAAAUAAAAAUAAAAAUAAAAAAGACAAAAAUUAAGUGUCGCUUUGAGGGUACUACACUUAGUAGGCAUGGCCCGAGACUGAAAACCUCUGAAACCUCUGAAAACCUCUCGUCUCUCUGAAAUCAAAUCCCUAUUCUCUCUAAAACCUCUCACCUCCACCGUCGCUGUCUCUUCUUCUCCGUCGCUGGAAAUUGGGCAAGUUGAGCUAGGGUUUUGCUGUGCUGGUGCUGUUGGUGCUGCUAUUUAGAUAUGGAAGCUCUAGAUAUUGAAGCUCUAGAUAUGGAAGCUCCGGCUCUAGCUCUAGCUCCAGUUCCGGCUCCGGCCCCACAUACGCCACAUGAACCGUUGAACAAUUUGGUGCGUUGGCCAAUAACUGAGGAACUUAGGGAGGCAUUAACUGGGAUAGGUUUAGGAUUCUUUGAGCGUUUUAAGUUCCAAAUGAGGUUGGAUUGUACCAUGCUAAAUGCUUUGCUACGACACUAUGAUCGUAAUUUAAAGUGUUUUAUCUUUAAUGGUAAUUCACUCUAUUUUAGUUUAGUAGAUGUCCUUCUCAUCACCGGUAUGCCGAUCGAUGGUAGACCGGUUAUUGGUAGGAUAGGGAAAACCGAAAAUUUAUUUUUUAAUGCUUUUGGUAUCGAUCCUCCUCCAGAGUCUUUGGAUGGAGGGAGGAUUAGGCUUAGUUGGUUAAGAGAAAAAUAUAGUAAUAACCCAGUACGUCCAGAUGAGGAUGGGUGGGCACACUAUCUUAGAGCCUACAUCAUGUAUGUCAUUGGGUCAUAUUUAAUACCCGAUGACUGCACUGGAUUAGUUUCUGCCCAGUAUUUGGGGCUCUUGGACAAUCUUCAGGAGGUUGGUAGCUAUGCGUGGGGCGCAGCCGCUUGGGCGAGCUUGUACAACUCUUUGGAUCGAGGAAUCGUAAACGGCUUGGCCUAUGCUCUCAUGGUAUUUGCAAUAGAGCAUAUAAAGCCACUACGUAUAGAGCUGAUAGGGGAGACAGUGGAUCUCCCGAUGGAGUGUCCAUUAAUGGUGUCGUGGUCCCACCUUCUCCACAAACGCUUGAAGGCGAACACAGUUCCCAAGUUUGGAGUCUACAUGCAAAUUUUGGGGAACGUGACUGAUGAAAAUUUCGUACAGCGGCCUUAUGAGAGGCUUAGCCAUACUCUUCUAAGGGAGGGUUAUGAGCGUUAUGCCCUUCAGCUGGCUAAGGCAUGCUCAGUGACUCUGUGCAUCAAUUAUCACAUAGUCGUCCCUCACAAACCAAACAACUAUGCUAGGCAGUUUGGUUUCGAGAAUAUAGACCUGGAUUCGAUUCCAGAGCUUCCUGAUGUGGUGGUUGAAGUAAGAAAGAAGGGGCCAAAGAAAGAUUUAAAUCUUGCGGACCACGGACACUUUCCCCUGUACAUUAACAGCUGGCUUGGCAGGUUUCCUUUGAGAGGGCCACGAAUAGCUGGUUUGGUAGGUCCUCCCUACGCUGUGGAAUUGCUGGCGCUUGAUGCACCUGACGUGCCUGUGCAGGCCCUUCAUGACAACCCACCGCAGUCCCCGCAUAACGGGCUUGUGCUUGCCCCUCGUGAUGGAGAGCCAUUGAUGGAGACAGCUUGCAAAACUACUUCCAAUGCCCAAUCAUUUAAUGAUUCUAGCAUUGCAAGGACUAAGCCCAAGAGAGAUGUUAGGAAACCUAUCAUGUUUCAAGAUGAGUAUAGUCGAUGACUUGGGACUCACGUUUGUUGGGCUGGACCUAGGACUUGCUGUCAGUCGUUAAAUAUGGUCUUAAUCUUCUGUUUCAGAUUCUCUCUUAUAAGUAUGUUGUAUGGACAACUCUUAUAAUCCGACUUUGAUUAUAUUUCAAAAACCUUGAGUUAGCUUUUUAGCUAUCUAUCUGCUGUUUUCUUUCAGUUGUCUCUAUUCUCUGCGAGUUCAUACUUGAACUGCACCAAGUGGUAUUAGAGCGUCCUUUCUGCAUUUUGCAUCCUUCCUUGAGUUUAAAGCAAAGAGCUCUCACAGCAGAUGCUGCACGUGCCCUGGACAAAGCAAAAAUGAUGCGCUUUGAUGAGAAAAGUAGCAACUUCUAUUGUACAGAAAUUGGUCGAAUUGCAAGCCACUUUGAUAUUCAAUGUUCAAGUGUUGAAACAUACAAUGAAAUGUUGAGACCCCACAUGAAUGAGACUGAGGUUAUUGUUUUUGUGAACUA